GCCAGGUAAUAAAACAAUAGACAUAGAGAUGUACAAGAGCAAAUUUGAAGACUUAUGGGAAAAGGCACAGUACUUGAGAUUUGCAGGUAUAAAAAGUCUAAGUGAAAUAGACUCUUUAGUCGAUACAGAAUACGAUGAGAGAAUGGAGAAAAAAUUGCCCAAAACAAAGGAAUCUAUUGAAAUAGAAUUAAAUAUAAAGAGAGUAAAGGUGAAUAUACUUCUACUCAAAGAUAUUCUCCAGCAGCUUGGAGAAGACAAUAUGGGGUCUAAUGAAAGAAUUCAGGCUAUACAGAUGAUGCUAUCAAAUAGCAUAGACAUUAUUGUGCCAGAAAAUGGGUGGUUUUUUGAAAAGAAAGAAUCCAAAAUAAUAAAGCACAUUAUACAGUGUGAGUUUGAUCAGUUUAUUUCUAAAGAGCUGUCUAGGCUAAAGGCACUGGAUGAAGAUUCACCUGUUGAGUUUGAUAGAAAUACCCCAAGUCUAAAUAGCAUAUUCCAAAUGGCACUUGAGCAGAUAGUAGAAAAGGGGGUAGAGAAAAGAUUUAAUGAAAAAAUAAACACGUGGUACAAUAGAAUAAAUCUAUGUUCAACAAUAUCAAAAAGAGAAUACUUAAGAUACUAUUCAAAAAUAUGCAGUGAAAAUUACUUCAGAAAUAGACAUUUAUGCAGGGGGCUUUGGCUUGAUCUUAAAGCGCUUGUAGAGAGUACUAGAACACAAACUUAUUUUAAGAUUAAAAAGUUUGCUUCAGAAUAUCCCAAAAUAGAUCUAUUUGCACAAGAUAAAAAAGGCGAGUAUAAUAUUGACAGUGCGCUAAACAUUUUAAUAAGGAAGAAAAAGUAUGCAUUUCAUAAAAAGCACGGCUUCUUAUAUGCCCAAAAAAUGGGCAGUCUUUCAAAAAAAGAAAGAACUCUUUUACUUUCCCUAUACUACCAGUGGCAUAACGUGAGCAAUUUCUUCUCAAAGCUUCACAAUACAAUAGAGCCACAGAUAUUAAACAUGGACAAGCAUCUUUUAAUAGAAAAUCAGAACAAUACGUACGACACCUCUAACACCGAGCAAUAUGGUGGAUAUGUGGAAAUGUAUCAUAUAAACAUAAAUUUGCUAAAGAAUUAUGUGCUAGAUGUGUAUAAUCAAGCGCCAUGGCGUAAUUAUUUAAAAUAUAUAUCAGCUAGAAUUGACUCUUUCCAUGAAUUAAUAAGAGAUCCUGCGCGUUUAAGUAGAAAUGAUAGUGGAAUCUUUGGAUUUUCUAAUGCUAAGCUAUAUACAAAAACUUCUAUUGCUGGUUUUGCUGCUGCUACCUCUUUUUUCUUUAUGGAGGAUAAAGCUGUAGAUGAGUUAUUUAAGUCAACAAUGCAUAGGUACUGUUAA